AUGCCUUUCGAAUCUUUUAACUCUUCUUCUUGCUGUGCUGCAACAUUCUCCUCCGUUGGUGUACCCGAGCAAUCAAAAUAUGUUUUGAGCGUUGAAGAUAAACUGAGAGAAAACUUCUACAUCUACAGUUCGUGCUUUACAAGCGAUGGAUUUUUCCCCACCUACAGGCAAAACUUGGAGCAGCUAUUUUGCUCCCUGGUCGACGCCUUUCCCUCCGGUGGCUUGGAUAACACCUCCAUUGGCAAAGCCCCAAACACGGCCUAUGGGCUUACGCUCUUUCGCGGUGACGCCUCUGCCGAUAUAUGCUCGAACUGCACAGCUAUCGCCGCCGAGACGAUCAAGGCCAAAUGCCCAAAUAGCAGGUCCGCCAUGAUAUGGCACUCGUCCAGCUUACUUCGUUUCUCCGAUACGCGAUUCUUCGGGACCAUUGGUGAGAGCGAGAAGGCCGGCGGAGAUUUUGUGGACUCAUUAGCGAGGAACGCUGCUAGUAACCCGAAGAUGUACUCUACAAGGGUACAGCGGCAGGGCAACUAUACCAGCUAUGGAAUGGCGCAGUGCACCAGAGACCUUACUGUUAACAGAAACACCAGCUCUGUAUUACUUGAGAGAUGA